UCAUCAUAUGUUUUCUUGUUAAAUAAAAAAAUCUUCACACGAUAUAUAUGUAUACAAAAAAAUGACCAAAUGAAAUUCGAGACAAAAGUUAAACGCUUAAAAUAAAUUAUAAUCUUAUAUAUUUUUUAUCAACAAGACUGACAUAUUAUGAAAAAAUAAUAUUUAACUUACAGGAUACUUUAAAGAUUAAUAAUACUCAUAAAUAUAAUAAAUUUUAUAAAUUAUGCCAUCAGACAAUACAUUUGAAGACUUCUCCAUUUUAAGUGGAGACAAUGUUAAAAUCCGUGACAUUGACAAUGUCAUAAAUAAAAUUAAAAAAAUACGUAACGAUGGGCCAAAUAAACUUCAAAUUGUCACCGAUUUCGACAGAACUAUUACCAAACAACAUGUCAAUGGUAAAGAAGUUCUCAGUAGUUUCGGGAUAUUUUUCAGAAGUACUCAAAUAUCUAGUGAAUUAAAAAAAGAGGAACAAAGAUUAUUUAAAAAAUAUCGACCAAUCGAACUGGACCACGACUUGGACCUCGAUAAAAAAAUCACUGCGAUGGAAUCCUGGAUGAGGGAAACCGAAGAUAUUCUUAAAGGAAUCGAUUUUGACUCCUACGAAAUUGAUCAAGUGGUACAGGUCCACGGUACUGAUGUAAGAGAUCGAACUAAAGAGUUGAUUGACAGAUUGAAUAAAGCCGCAGUACCCGUUCUGGUUUUCAGUGCGGGUCUGGGUGAUGUCGUGGAAGCUAUUUUAAAAUUCCAUGAUGUUCUUUUGAGUAACGUUAAAGUCAUAUCUAAUUUCCUGAGCUAUAAAGACGGUAAAUUAAAUGGGUUCAAAAAUGAUAAACUGAUUCACGUAUUCAAUAAAAAUGAAGAAGUGAUCGAUAAAGAUUAUUAUAAUACACUGAAAUCUCGAAGUAAUUGCAUUCUGAUGGGCGACAUGACAGGCGAUGCCACCAUGGCCGAUGGAGCCGAUGGUAUCGACACAGUUUUGAAAAUCGGCUUUCUCUAUGAAAAUGCCGAAUCUGCGCUUCCGUCAUAUCUUGAUACUUUUGACAUAGUCCUCAUCGAUGACCAAUCAAUGGACGUUAUUAUCGAUAUAUUAAGGCCAAUAAUGUAAAAAUUUUAUUUAUUUUUACUACUUACUAUAAAAAAAUAAUUAACUCAUUAAAUUUAAUACUUUUUUAAAUAUAAAUAUUAAUAAAUAAAUAACUAACCAUAAAAACAAAAAUAUUG